ACGGGGGCGGUAAGGAUGAACGCAUUGAGUCCCAGUGCACUGCUGUGAUUGCUGCAUUUUCCCUCUCGGUUGUCCUCCGCACGAAGUUGUGGUGCCAGUUCUUUAGAACUGAAAACUAAUUUAUUUAGAACAGUUUUUUUUUUACGUGUGUUUAGUUUGUUGUCCUUUCCCCCGGCACCUCCCGAUUAGCACGAUUGGCUACGCACGGUGCGAACGAGGUUCAGCGUACACGCGCACUUAACUGUCUAAACUUUGCUGAAAGCCAUGUCCAGCCUUGCGAGCACGGCGCUCUGCAGCAGCACCCCGUGGCUGCUGCUUCUGCUGCUGCUCCUGUUGCCUGCAAUUGCGCCAGCGUUUGCUCAAGUACCCAGCAGCAACUACACAUGCGCCUUGGACAUACGGUUCGCCGAACACCAAGUCUUCAAGGCAACGAUUGGCAUCCCUGUGAAUCCAUCAAUCCUUUGUCGUGGAAGUCAAAUAACACAAAUUAUCAAGGAUGUUCAGAUGACUUGUAACCCUGGUGCUGCAGAUGGAAACUCAAUCAUUAAAAUGGAACAAAAUCCAGAGAGCCUGGACUCUUUAAGAUAUAAAUUGGAUUGUGGCAAACGAUUAGAAGAUUCUGAACUGAAUCAUGCAGAUAUGUUUGUUCUCUCCACAACACCGCUGAUGAGUAAUCCACGCAAUGUACACUGUGACUACCACUUGCACGUGUGUCACGGUGAAGAAAAAAUGUCGUGGGAUUUUCACGUUGCAUUGCCAAGUUUUAAACUAAAACUAUUGUGCAAUACUAUGUUACAACCAUCCGUGAGCAGAUAUUGUGACAAUAAAGAAAAUCCAACCAAGCUAAACAUGACUUACAAGAAUCCAGAUCUGUAUUUUUGCGGAUGGAAUUUAGUGUGCCCAAUGGAUGUGGCGGGACCUGAUCCCACCCCUUCCAACAAAAAAAACAGCGGUUGCGUUGUAGGCACUGAAAUGGCAUGCGGUGCUCUUAAACUCCACCCUGGCUGCAUUGCUCCAUUCAUCAUCUUCCUCUACAUUCUAGUCCAGUCGGGUUAACUGGCUGCAGCAACAUCUGCAUUACAAGGUCAGCAAAGAUUACCUACUGUGCUGCUCGGUAUGUGUGUCCAUAAAUGUGUCUUGAUGUGCAUUUCCAAGUGUCCAGAUUACAUUUUUAUAUACUCUGAGAAGACGAAACAACAUUUCAAUGUACAAUUGUAAUCCUACGUCACAGAGGUCCAAUAACAGAAUGUUCCAAAUUUAAUACAUUCUUUGACUCUUUUGACCCACCACUAUUAAUUUGAAAAGUUAACAAACUCACGAUCAUACAAACCAUAUCACAAUAUAAUUAUGUAUUCCGUGUGCAUAAAGGCAGAGUGUGGAUGUCAAUAAUUGAUGGCAGUGUGAAAUGUAAAGUUCAGAUGACGUUAUGGGUGGGAUGACAGCUAAGCAUGGUGCACGGACUGAUACAUCCAAGGUGGCAGCUACAACAUAACGGGUACGGAGGAUUAAAACUGGUGCCUCAAUUUGAGACCGACAAUUCAUGAGCUUAGGGUGGUGUUUAUCAAACCUUAUCGGCCCGUGGACCACUCAGCACCACCCAGCCCCACCACACGGGAUGACGAAACACAUUCACUUCUCUCUCUAAAUACCAGUCAUAAAAAAUCAUUCACAUUACUGGAACAUAAAAAAAAUGUAACGCAGUUAUAAUUCGAUUUUUAUAGUGGGGGGCAUUUCGAUAUUAGGGUUAGGGUAGUUUAAUCAGGGUAGUUUACGUAACUUCAUUUUUGUGGGUUUAACGGUGAUCUGAAACAAAUCGACUUGGCUACUCCUGAAGCAGUCGAAUGGAUAUAAAUAUUUAAUGAAUAUAAAAUGUCGACACCAAUUUGUAAUCUGUUGCAAUCUCCAACAAUGCCAUACGAAAGAAGAAGAAGAAGUGGGUAUAACAGAAAAGCUGGUCACCCCACCCUUUACCGAGUAGCUCAUGCCUGAGCACGAUCUGUUACGAGUCUUGGGAUGCUUUCAGAUGAGGUCAUGCUUAGCGUUAUACCUCACCACGCUGGUCAAUGUGCCUGAGGUCAAAGGCCAGCGACCCUUGACCCCAACUCAAUUACGACGAGACACAAAGCCAGUCCUCGAAAGGACGGAUUAAAAUGGAAACGACAUACGCCUGCCUACCGACUACGAGACAAGGAACUGCGAAUCAUAAGAGGUCAACAUCCGUAGCCUGAGAUCCAACAUCAGAGAACUCGCUUACUUGUGCAAGGAUAAAUAACCCACAAUUGUCAUCGUGGUGGAAAUAUUCCUGGACCCAACGGUUCAAGACGGAGUGGACUGGAUUGCAAUAACCAGUUACACCACGUGCUGCUGAAGAGAUAGAGCUGCCUCAACUGGAGGGGGCAUCGCAGUGUACUGCCUACAAGGAGUUGCCAUCCAUCAUGACUACCAAUGAGAUCCAACAGACAUGGAACUUAUGUGACUCACAGUGACUCUACGUUCCCAGAAGCUACUCAUAGGAGCUGUAUACAGACCACCCAGUGAAAACAAUGACACAUUUGACGACCUGAACACUGAAACCCUGUCAAAAAUAACAGAGUUUGAUGCAUAUUCCAUCAUGCUGGUGUGAGACCUCAAUGUCCAUCAUGAAGACUGGCUAGG